CUCUGAUCAUGUCUGGAUAGCACCUUCACACUCGUGUAUCUUGUGCUCUUGCGUACGACUCAAAGUCCCACGCUCAAAACCUGCCUGCCAUUCUCCCAUUUUUCUCCUCGUCCAUCCCUCUCUCCUCACCCCAAUAACCUCGCUGCCCAUCUAACCUCCCACUACGAGCCCCGCGGCAUCUAAUUCGUGGUCGCCAUGGCAGGCGCCUCUCAUAUGGACGCGGCCUUCGCUGCGAAGCUUGCGCGGCGAUCACAGCUAAACCAUGAGGCCAUGACGGCUUUUGCAGGCAUGAUAUCUGGCCUUGUCGGUCUGAUUAUCGCCCUUGACCUUCUACGUCGGUUUGGGGCACGAAAACGGGGGGUUUAUGGGAGGUUCACUCCCAGUGUUGUCAUUUCGCGAGGAAUCAGGAGCAUUCUGCUUCACAAGAUACCUGGCUUCCCCUCGACGGGCCAUCUCUUUGUCGUAGUCAUGUACUCGGGCAUCAACAUCAUCGCAAUGUUCAUCAAACUCGACAAUAGCAACAUGCCUCUCCUCUCCAACGUGGCUUCGCGAGCUGGUUGGAUGGCCAUUUCAAACACCCUUAUCGUCAUCAUCUUAGCACUGAAGAACACGCCUCUUGAUGCUAUUACCAUUUGGUCUCACGAGCGCCUCAACAUCCUUCACCGCGUGGCGGGCUUCGCUACUAUCAUGUUUGUCAUAGUACACGGAUGCUCGUAUGCCGCAGUCUUUGGCCUGCAGGGCCGCCUCAGUCGUCUUACUGAACUAGAUGAGAUCUUUGGCAUCAUAGCGGGUUUCUCCUUUCUCUGUGUUGGGUUUGCAGGCGCUAUCGUUCGAAACUGGUGGUAUGAGAUGUUCUACUACAUCCACAUCACAUUCUGGAUGCUUGGCAUUGUCAUGGUUGGUUUGCAUCAACCUGAGCCUAGCAGGAAGAUUCUUCUUUUAACGUGUACUGCGGCUGGAAUAUGGGGACUGGAUCGUUUAAUCCGCCUUUUUCGCCUCGUCAUCAACGGCGCUAAUAACACAGUGACACUUACACCACUUCCUCAUGGCGGCACCCGCCUCGUUUUCUCAAAACCUCCAUAUGGGGCCGCCCUGGCCAAGCACAGUUUCAUCUGGAUCCCUUCGAUACGUGCCCUACAGACACACCCAUUCACCAUCGUCGCCACCAAUCCCGUUGAGUUUGUCGUCGCCGCGCACGACGGUUUCACUCGUGCCCUCUACGACACUGCGCUGCAGAACCCAGGAGUCUCGCUGAGAGCAUCCGUUGAGGGCCCGUACGGCACCUUUCCCAAUCCAAGAGAGCACGACAAAGUCAUUCUCGUCGCUGGAGGCAGCGGGGCGAGCUUCACCGUUGGCGUCGCACUGAGUGUACUUGAGCAGAGUCGAAACAAUGACAACAAGUCCAUUGUGUUCAUAUGGAUGAUUAAGCAUCAGUCAUAUCUCACAUGGUUCUCUGAGCAUCUUGAGACUCUGAAGAGCGACCCGCGCGUAUCCAUUCAUGUCUACAUCACGAGACCACCGGCGCCCGAAACCCUCACCAAGGAACUCUCAACAGCAUCCGAAUCCUCCUCUCGAAGCACAUCGACGACAUCUGAUCCCGAGAAGGCCCCUGUGUCAAGACUGGUUGUUCCCCUGCCUACACUGACUACAGACAUGGAGAAGACAGGGCUCUCGACCCUUGUUGAGUCCCCAGUUUCGCCUCUCGAUGUGGCGGAACCGAGUGACGAUUUCUCCAUCACCUACCGGCGACCCGAUGUCGCAGCUCUUAUUAAAGCUGGGGUUGAGGGAGUUCCGUCAAACCAGCGCGUGUUGGUUAUGGGCUGUGGGCCGCAAACGUUGACCACGACGGUGCGAAAUGCCACAUCAGAGUGUAUUCGAAUGGAAGGACCUGCAAUCGAACUCCAUUGCGAGCAGUUUGGAUGGUAGACUUUGACGAUUGCCAGGGUUAUCUGAAAGUUGUUAUCCACAUCAUACAUCUGAUAUUAUGUACGCCAGCCACACCAUCGUAAC